CCUACACGUCACCACCCGGCGUGCCGCGCGCCGGCCUCCUUCUCUGGGGCGGCCCAAGAUGGCGGUGCAGGAGUCAGCGGCCCAGCUGUCCAUGACCCUGAAGGUACAGGAGUACCCGACCCUCAAGGCUCCAGUGAGGAAAUCCCUUCAGAGAUCAAGGUCGGACGAUCCUAGGAGAGCCGGCUGAGCUUUGGGAUUCUGCAGUCACAUCCCGGAGGGCCAGGUGCCCUACGAGACGCUGAAUAAACGAUUCCGCGCUGCCCAGAAGAACAUUGACCGGGAGACGAGCCACGUUACCAUGGUGGUGGCUGAGCUGGAGAAGACCUUGAGCAGCUGCCCAGCCGUGGACUCUGUGGUCAGCCUCCUGGAUGGCGUAGUGGAAAAGCUCAGUGUUCUCAAGCGGAAGGGCUGCAGGAGUCUGGCCCCAUCUGACAUGGCUCUGUUGUGGCAGGCGGUAGAGUCCAUCCAGGCAGAGGACGAGAGCGCUAAGCUGUGCAAGCGCAGGAUCGAGCACCUCAAGGAGCAUAGCAGUGACCAGCCAGCGGCGGCCAGCCUGUGGAAGCGGAAGCGCAUGGACCGCAUGAUGGUAGAGCACCUGCUGCGCUGUGGCUACUACAAUACAGCUGUGAAGCUGGCACGCCAGAGUGGCAUUGAGGACCUGGUGAAUAUUGAGAUGUUCCUGACAGCCAAAGAAGUGGAGGAGUCCCUAGAGAGGCGUGAGACGGCCACCUGCCUGGCCUGGUGCCAUGACAACAAGUCCCGGCUGCGAAAGAUGAAGAGCUGCCUGGAGUUCAGUCUCAGGAUCCAGGAGUUCAUCGAGCUCGUGCGGCAGAACAAGCGCCUGGAUGCUGUGAGACAUGCGAGGAAGCACUUCAGCCAGGCGGAGGGCAGCCAGCUGGAUGAGGUCCGCCAGGUCAUGGGCAUGCUGGCUUUCCCACCAGACACGCACAUUUCCCCGUACAAGGACCUCCUGGACCCAGCACGGUGGCGGAUGCUGAUCCAGCAGUUCCGGUAUGAUAACUACCGCCUGCACCAGCUGGGGAACAGCUCCGUGUUCACACUAACAUUGCAGGCCGGCCUCUCAGCGAUCAAGACACCACAGUGCUAUAAGGAAGAUGGCAGCUCCAAGAGCCCUGACUGCCCUGUGUGCAGCCGCUCGCUGAACAAGCUGGCCCAGCCCCUGCCCAUGGCCCACUGUGCCAAUUCCCGCCUGGUCUGCAAGAUCUCUGGUGACGUGAUGAACGAGAACAACCCGCCCAUGAUGCUGCCCAACGGCUACGUCUACGGCUACAACGUGAGGGGCAGCAGGUCUCUGCUUUCUAUCCGUCAAGAUGAUAAAGUUGUUUGUCCAAGAACCAAAGAAGUCUUCCACUUCUCACAGGCUGAGAAGGUGUACAUCAUGUAGGCCUGUGCCACCGAGUGUACGCCUUGGGCCACACCCUCCUCCUGUCCCUGACCCUAGCCUGCCGCGGCGAGCAUUUCUGUUUCUUGCGACCAAAGAUCAGUGAGCAGCAACAAAUACUCUUAGGGAGAGAGGAAGUGAGAUUUGAUAAGUUUGUAAUUGAAAACGACGUUUUGAUCAGUAGGAUUUUGUAACAUACGUCAACUCUUUGAUGCUUCUGCAAGUACUGCACCUCUCAGAGGAGCCUUCUCUACAAACUGACCUGAACAGUGAAGGAACCUAGAACAUCUCAAAACCAGGAGUGGCCUCCCUGUGUUUCUCAGUCUCCUUCCACUUGCUGAUGAUGAGACUCGGGAGCUUGAGGAAUGGGCUGGUCCUUUCCUGAGUGCCGGCCAUGGCCAUGGUGAGGACUCUGGUGCAGCGCACAGGGCCUUUCCUGACUUCACCCCAGAACUGGGGGCACUGGGGCGCAGCGUUCUGGCCAGGCCUGUGUGUGUAGGUUUGGGGUUUCAUCCUCCGUGCACCGCCUUACUUCGUGCUUCAAGAAUGUAUCCCGUGGAAAUCCACUGGACCGCGUUUUUGCAGAGGCCUUGCAGAUGGCUUGGUAACCUAGAGUCUCAACGCUAUUCUGAAGUACUGAGGGGUUUCAGACAUACGAACCAGUAGUUCACACACCAUAUUGUAGAGGUUUGUAUCUAGCGCUUAUUUUUGCAUGUUGAUGUUGAUUAGCUAAUAAACUAUAAAUGUAAAACGUGUUAAUAAAAUGGCUUUCUAUUUCUCA